AUGCUGAACAAACACGAGAAUUUCAGGAAAAAGCAGAUUGAAGAACUGAAGGGACAAGAAGUCAGUCCCAGAAUGUACUUCAUGAAGCAGACUAUUGGGAACUCCUGUGGGACCGUUGGACUGAUACAUGCAGUGGCCAAUAAUCAGGACAAACUGCAGUUUGACAAUGGAUCUGUCCUGAAGCAGUUUCUUUCUGAAACGGAGAAGCUGUCUCCUGAUGACAGAGCAAAACGCUUUGAAAAGAAUGAGGCCAUCCAGGCAGCUCACGACGCUGUGGCGCAGGAAGGUCAGUGUCGGGUAGACGACAAAGUGAACUUUCAUUUUAUUCUGUUUAACAACGUGGAUGGCCACCUCUACGAACUCAAUGGACGAAUGCCUUUCCCCUUGAACCAUGGCACCAGUUCAGAGGACUCCCUGCUGCAGGAUGCUGCCAAGGUGUGCAGAGAAUUCACUGAGCGUGAGCAGGGGGAGGUCCGCUUCUCGGCCGUUGCCCUGUGCAAGGCAGCCUAA